GGACGUUUUCUACAAAAUCUAACACAAACAGGGGCUGCUUCAUGACUAGCUGAUUAGCGCGACUUCACAGUCGUCUCGUCGAUUAAAUUAAUUAAAAAUGUGUUGAGGUUUGGAGCGUAUUUGUGGCGGAAUGAAAUCUAUUUUUUCGUCGAGUCUCUUCGAGUGUAGCUGUUGUUGUUAGUCCCACCCAAAAUGGAUCCCCGGUCUUCCUUGUUCACCGCAAACUGUAAGGGCUGGGCUCAACUAGAAGCGGGAGACGGGUGUGCUCUUCUCUUUCAUAAGUGAAGUGGUUGGUGACAGGUCUGUCACCGAGUUGCCAUGGAGACUAAGCAGGAGCCCUCAGCAGUAUGGAGUCAGGCUGCUGACAAUGAUUCAGGCAACACCACACAGGUGCAUUUUGAAGGCAGCACAGUGGCCCAGAUUGUGUACAGUGGAGAUCAGGCGGACCGGGCGCAGCAGCAGGUGGUUUACACAGCAGACGGGAACUCCUUUGCCUCUGUGGAGUCUGGAGAACACACACUGGUCUACAUUCACCCUGCAGAUGGCACUCAGACUGUAUUUGCUGAUCAACCACAAGUGGCUUACAUUCAGCAGGAUGGCACGACUCAGCAGGUGACGGUUUUACUGCCCAGUGGACAGAACAUGAAUGCUGCCAACCUGCACGUCCUCAGUAAUGUAGCCGAGGCACCGCAAGCUAUACUGGAGCCAGUUUCCCAGCAGCAGCUGUCCAACUCGCUAACCUCCAUGGCAGACAUGGCAGAGACUCCCUCCAGUCCCCUUGGGGCGACAGACACCACGGAUGAUUCUGAAGAAGAGGAUGACGAAGACUCCGACAUGGACGACUGGGAGCCUCAUCAGCCUCAGUCGUUCGACCCUCACAACCUCUGGUGCGAGGAGUGUAACGAUUCCAACGCCUCAGUCUGUCUGAAACACGGAGCGCUGCACCCGAUCCCAAACAGGCCGGUGGUGUCCAAGGCCCGGGCCAGUCUGCCCCUGGUCCUCUACACCGAUCGAUUCCUGGGUGGGGUGUUCUCCAAGAGGCGCAUCCCCAAGCGGACUCAGUUUGGUCCACUGGAAGGACCUCUGGUCCCUCAGGGAGAACUACAGGACCACUACAUUCAUCUCAAACUGUGUCUGCUGGAUGCCGAGAAAGAUGCCGAGAAACCCAGCGACAUGUGGUUCGACCUUUCUGACGAGGACAGCUGCAACUGGAUGAUGUUCGUGAGGCCCGCUCAGAACCACCUGGAGCAGAACCUGGUGGCCUAUCAGUACGGCUCCGAGAUCUUUUACACGACCAUCAAGAACAUUCAACCGAAACAGGAGCUCAGGGUGUGGUACGCGGCAUCAUAUGCAGAGUUUGUAAAUCACAAGAUCUACAACGUGACGGACGAGGAGAGGAAAGUGCUGCACGAGCAAGAGAAGAACUGGCCUUGUUACGAGUGCAACUGUCGCUUUGUGAGCUCGGAGCAGCUGCAGCAGCAUCUCAACAUGCACGACGACAAGUUAAACUCUGUCCACAGGUCCAGAAGCCGAGGUCGAGGAAGAGGCAGGAAGAGAUUUGGGACGGGAAGAAGACCGGGCCGGCCGCCGAAACUCAUGCGUCUGGAUCCACCGGUCGACUCAGUCGUGGAAAAGACAGAGAUGUUGGAGUUGACGGAGAAGCAGCCGCUGGAGGAGCAGGUGGAGGUCACUCACAACGGACUGAAGGUGGUGCAGAUGGAGCUGGAGGCCGAGGCCGGGACUGAGGAAGAGGAGGAGGUCGGCCAGCUCAUGCCUCCUGCGGGGGAGCCGGUCUCGGAGUCUGUCACUCCAACCGUCAACACGGACCUGCCUGUACCGGUAAAGGAGGACCCGGGACAAAGCAGCCAAAGUGACAACCACCUCACGUCUCAGGACAUGCGCCGCGCCAAGAGGAUACGGAUGGAUGUGCAGAACGCAGCACUGCAGCACCUUUUCAUCAGGAAGAGCUUUCGUCCUUUCAAAUGCACCCAGUGUGGAAAGGCCUUCCGGGACAAAGACAAGCUGGAUCAGCAUCUGCGCGUCCACGGCCGGGACGCCUACGCCUUUUCCUGCCACAUUUGCAGCAAGAGCUUCAUGAGCGACUCGGCCCUGGAGGACCACCUGAUGGUGCACACAGAGAACCGCUCCUACUCCUGUCUCUUGUGCCCCGAGUCCUUUGAAAAGCUGGAGAUGCUCAAAGACCACGUAGGGGUGCAUGCUGUGGACGGCUGCUUCUCCUGUCCCUCCUGUAAAAAGACGUUCACAGACUUCAUCCAGGUUAAGAAACAUAUACGCUGCUUCCAUGCGGAGAAGGUCUUCCAGUGUUCCAGCUGUGAGAAGGCCUUCUGCCGGCCGGACAAGCUGCGUUUGCACAUGUUACGCCACUCGGACCGCAAAGACUUCCUGUGCUCGACGUGUGGCAAACAAUUCAAGAGGAAAGAUAAGCUACGGGAGCACAUGCAGCGCAUGCACAAUCCCGACCGAGAGGCCAAGAAGGCGGACCGGAUCAACCGCUCCAAAACCCUCAAAAUGAAGGUGCCCAACAUGGACUUUGAGAGCUUCAUGUUCAAAUGCAGAGUGUGCAUGAUGGGAUUCAGACGCAGAGGAAUGCUGGUUAAUCAUUUGUCCAAGCGUCAUCCUGAGAUGCGGAUCGAUGAUGUGCCCGAGCUGACGUUGCCAAUUAUCAAGCCCAACAGGGAUUACUUCUGCCAGUAUUGUGACAAGGUCUAUAAGAGUGCCAGUAAGAGGAAAGCCCACAUACUGAAGAACCACCCGGGGGAAGAAUUGCCUCCCAGCAUCCGUAAGCUGCGACCAGCUGUGCCCGGCGAACCUGACCCCAUGCUGAGCACACACACACAGCUCACUGGCACCAUCGCCACUGCGCCCGUCUGCUGCCCCCACUGCGCCAAACAGUACAGCAGCAAGACCAAGAUGGUUCAGCACAUCAGGAAAAAGCAUCCAGAGUUUGCUCAGCACGCCGGCAACAUCCAGGCUCCUUUGACCACAGCUGUGAUCAGUAGCACUCCUGCAGUCAUCAAUGCAGACGGCACCACCGCUGAGGCUGUAGUGACCACAGACCUGCUGACCCAGGCCAUGACGGAGCUUUCUCAGACUCUGACCACAGACUAUCGCACAGCACAGGGAGACUACCAGAGGAUUCAGUACAUCCCCGUCUCUCAGGCAGGCGGUAGCCUCUCUCAGCCGCAGCACAUUCAGCUGCAGGUGGUGCAAGUGGCUCCGGCUUCCUCCCCCCACUCACAACACCCGACCGUGGACGUGAAUCAGCUCCAUGACCCUCACGGCUACAGUCAGCACUCCAUCCAGGUACAGCACAUCCAGGUCACCGAGCCGCCAGGCAGCGGGCAAGGUGCCGCUCAGGUAACUGGUCAACCACUAAGCCCCGCCUCCCAGCAGACGAGUCAGGAGCUGAGCCCCACCCAGUUGACCCCCGUCACCUUAGCUCAGAGUCACACACUACAAAGCAGCAGCACCCAGCAGCAGCAGCAGCAGGGGAGUGUCCAGCACGCGUACAUACCCGGAAACUGGAAUUAUCGAGGUUACCCCUCUGAGAUCCAGAUGAUGACUCUACCGCACGCUCAGUAUGUGAUAGCUGAGGCGAGCACGCCUGUAUCUGGAGUCAACAGCAACCAGGUGAAAACGACGCACUACGUCAUCUCCGAGGGUCAGACCGAGCUGGAGACUAAACAGACCGUUUCUCAGAGCACAACUCAGACCCACGCAGAGCAUCUGGACCAGCAGGCGACCGGUCAGCAAGGCACCACGCAGUACAUCAUCACCACGACAACCAACGGAAGCGGCACGAAUGAAGUCCACAUCACAAAACCUUGAACUAUACGUGGAUGAACUCUUGCAGACUGAUCCUGCAUGUGAAUAUAAAAAAACAACCUCAGAAGCUUGCACGCACACAACAUGAACAAAGAACUGUCUUAUGCAAAUGGUGCCGGAUUUGGGAUCAUGCAGAAAACAUAAAAGGGAGAUGAAAUGAUGACAAGCACAGUUUUAUGUGUCUGUAAGUUAUUAGAGAGAAAAUGCUUAAAUACACACACUUGUUCUGUUCUAUAUUCACUGGAGCUGCAGAACAACAUUAUAUCUAAUACAGGGUUCCUGUGCUGCUUUCAAAAGUUACAUAUUUUUAAGGUCUGGAAAAGGUCGAUGUUGGACGUCGUGUCGCUCAGUCCUUGCACACCUUUGUGUGCCCAUUUUACACAUUUGUAAAGUUAUGGACAUUUCCUGAAGAGAACUAUUUGUAAAUGAAUUCCAGGGAGAAGAACGACACUGAACAAUACUGUGUAAAACAAUCCUUUAAAUGUGUUAUCAUCAUCAUUUUGCCCAGUGUUCAUUUGUGUCGUUCGCUUGCACAUCGCUGCCGGUGACUUCUUCUUUGUCGUCUUGCCCAUUUGUUUGUCCUGUUUUCUUUCUUCUUUGUUGUCAGAAGAUGAACCAACCCAGUGUUUUCAGAGUAAAAUCUAGAAAAGCAAACAACCAUCUCUGCUCUUCCGAGACUUACUGCAUGGUACCCAGGGCUUUUUGGGAGUCAAUUAUACAAGUUUGUUUCCGUCAUUGUGGGUCUGACCAGAAACUCUUUUCAUACCAGUAACGGUGAUGGCACAGUCCUGAAAACAAGUCCAAGUCACAGCAGGAAGUUUCAACCGAAAACAGCCUCUCGAAUCGAAUUUCCAACUCGGAAAAACCUCACAAACCCCUAAAUUUGACGCCAAGCUGGCUUCGUCUCAUAUUAAUAGUUAAACGCUCGGCUAUUUUUGCUGUUAAUUUUCUUCUUCUUCUGUCUUACUUGUUUCACAUUAAGUCAUAAUACUGUUGCCAUGCCGUUUGUGUGUGUGUAAAAGUGACUUAAAUCAAAGAGUAAAAUGUGAUAUUUAGAUAAAGCAACACUAAAGUAGUGGUAAAGUAGAAGUGAUGACACCUUACUACAAAGACCCCCCUUUUAAUCCAGAUUGACCAUGAUAUCUCUGUGUACACUUGAAGAGAAUGACUUGCAAAUUCACAAUAUUUUUCUAGUUAAAGGAUUAUGUCACCGAUUUGCAUUUAUCUUUGUAUUACUAGAUUAGGGGUAGUAUUUUUGAUACUAACCCUAAUCUUUUUGUUAGUAUUUUCCCACCCUCAGUUUCACCUGAGUUGAGAUAUAUCUUCAUUAUCUUGAAAUAUCUUUAGAAACUACUUCUGCUACUGAACAGGAGCUCAGAUGAUCGUUUACGCGAUGAAUUGAUUGGUCCAUAAAAUGUUGAUUGGUGUCUCCAAAAUAUCAAAAAUGGUGAUUUUUGAAUAUCGGAUGGUGCAGUUUUAAUGUUUUCCUUUUGUUAGAUUGAGCAAAGAAACCAAAAACAAGUCACAUUUAAGAAGCUAUAGAAACCAGAGAACCUAAUUAUACAUUCAUAAAAAACAGUACACAAUGUAAAAUUGUUGGCAAUUAACUAACAAUGCACUACUUCCCUGUAAAGAUGAACUUACGAGUUGACAGGUGCCGUCAUGAAAAUGAGACCCCGUGUCUCAAUGGGGAAACCUGUAUAAAUAAAGGUGACCAAGUUGUUCACAUGA